GUGUUUAAUGACUUUUUAUUUUUGUUUGUUGUUUUUUUUUUAUUGUCUAUUUUUGUUAUGGUUGGUGUAGCUUUUCUUACUUUACUUGAGCGUAGGGUUUUAGGUUAUAUUCAUAUUCGUAAGGGUCCUAAUAGGGUGGGGUUUUUAGGUUUGCUUCAACCUUUUAGAGAUGUGGUUAAGUUGUUUGUUAGGGAGCAGUGUUUUCCUUAUGUUUCUAAUUAUUUGCCUUAUUAUUUUGCUCCUGUGUUUGGUUUGUUUCUUUCUUUAAUUAUUUGGUUGGUUAUUCCUUAUUUUGGUGGUUUUUUUUCUUUUGAUUUAGGUUUAUUGUUUUUUUUGUGUUGUACUAGACUUGGUGUUUAUUCUCUUAUGGUUGCUGGUUGGUCUUCUAAUUCUAAUUAUUCUUUGUUGGGGUGUAUGCGUGCAGUUGCUCAAUCUAUUUCUUAUGAGGUUAGACUUGCUUUGAUUUUAUUGUCUUUUGUUUUUUUGGUUUGUGGUUAUAAUUUGGUUUCUUUUUUUUAUUUUCAGUUUUAUGUUUGGUUAGUUUUUUUUUCUUUGCCUUUGGUUUUAGUUUGAUUUGUUUCUUGUUUGGCGGAGACUAAUCGAACUCCUUUUGAUUUUGCUGAGGGUGAGUCUGAGUUGGUUUCUGGUUUUAAUGUUGAGUAUAGAUCUGGAGGGUUUGCUUUAAUUUUUUUGGCUGAGUAUGCUAGAAUUUUGUUUAUGAGUGUUUUGUUUUGUGUUAUGUUUUUGGGUUGUGAUUUGUAUUCUUUUUUUUUCUUUUUAAGGGUUUCUUUUGUUUCUUUUUUAUUUGUUUGGGUUCGUGGUACUUUGCCUCGUUUUCGUUAUGAUAGGUUGAUGUAUAUAUCUUGGAGGAGUUUUUUGCCUGUUUCUUUGAAUUAUUUAAUUUUUGUUUUGGGUGUUAGGUUAUUUUUUUACUCUUUGUUUUAG